AUGCCGGCGCUUCCUUUUUUGCAGGAAGAUGGAGUCAGCACGGAGCCCUUUGGCGGGUCGCUUGGACUUCAAAGCAGCUUUGGCGAAGAAGGUGCUGAAGAUGCAGAGCACGAGUCGCAGCCAUUGGCGGGGGAGUCGCUGUUCACUGCACUGUCCGCGAGUUCUGAGAGGAAGCGCCGGGAUGUGGAGGAGGAAGCACGCCGCCUGAAGGAGCUGGAGGAGUACUGUGAGAAGCGGCAGAAGGUUCGCCUCGCGCUGGCUGAUGCGGUGGACGGGAAUCCAGACUGGCUACUUGAUGCUUCCUCACUCGUUGAUGAACUCUACCAGGCCUUGGGCCAGAGAUCUCUCGGACUCCAGCGCCUGCGCACCGUGAUUGAAGAGGCAGCCAAGAAGCUGAACGACGAUGAAUGGGAGCAGUUCAGAAGGAUGCCUUUCGAGGCGGUGCAUCGAGAGGACGCAAAGGUUUUCUCACGUUUGGUGGCAGAUGCAGAGCCUCACUGGAAGCGGCUGAUGGAAGAUCUUGGGCGUGGCUUCAGCAACAUUCAGCGGGAGACCAUCACUCGUGACUUUCUAUACAUUGGCCUGACAGAACCGAGCGACGAGAUGGUGGACUUUUUCCAAGGACGAGGCUGGAACAUGCACCGUGCUCCUCCGGAGCUACCAAAGCCAUUGGACAAGAAAGCUGGCGAUGAAGAUGGCCCUGAGGGCUACCAGCUUGUGAUUGUGGAUCUUACCUUCCCCUGUGCAACACAAGGGGAUGCAGAGCGCAGGUGGGUCGAGGAGAAGCAGGAGUCUGACGAUGAUGCAGUUGAAGUGUUACAUGAAGGAUCAGGGAGCAGAACUGCCCAAGAAAAGAUGGAUGCGUGUCAUUUCAGCGAAGACUUCGUUUGCGACAUGCUUCAAGAAGUCCCAGAUGCAUGGCAAGUGCAAGCCCACCUGUCCGGGCUUCCGCUGAAAGCCAGUGGCUACGGGAAGAUCGGCAUUUCGCGCAGCAAUGGCGUGCGCAGGAGGCUCCGCACAAUUCAAGGUGCGCUUGCUGAAGCUCUUCGAAAUUUGCAGAAGGGUGGCGUCCUCGUUACAAGCUGGUGUGGCCUUCCCACGCAUCCGCUGCUGCCGUUCGUGACCAGACAGCUUCGCCCAGGCUUUCGCCGUGUGCACGUUUUGGCACCUCCGGAGUGCCAAACCUUUGAAACUUACAUUGUCGCUGCAGAGUACGACUGCGAUGGGCACAUCAGCCGGCCAGAUCCCGUCCCGCUCCGACCGCGCCAGAGUCAAAACUUGCUCCUAAAUCUGGGCCCGGCUGAGAUGUGCAAAUUCAACUUUCCAAAUUGGCUGCGAAGCCCUGUGCGAAGCUGGUCGACAGGCUACGAUGAUGCCCUGGCAUGGACCUUGUCUUUCAAGCGAGAGAUCUUCGAAGAAUGCUUGCCAAAGUACAAAGAGUCUGUCGUGAACGACGUGAGGACGGAUGCCGCUUAUGAUCGCCCCUGGCUGACGAAAAUGCCGGCAAAUUCUCAUGUGGCUCGGUCAGCACCGCUGGAUAUGGAGGCUCGCUUCGACGAGCUGUGGUCGAUCUAUGCGCACAAGCUGGGGCUGCUGAUGAACAGGCUUGAGGAAAACUCGUUUGAUCCGGAUAUUCUUCCUGACAGACCUCCUCACCGCUUCAAUGCGACCACCAGCUGGACCAUGCCGAGACCAGCUCUCCCGCCACCUGAGCCUGUGAUGCUGCCACAGAGGAAGCAGACCGAGGAAGUUCCUGAGGAGAGAUCCAAAUCCAAGGGCUCCAAGUCAAAGCCAUCCAAAUCACGCAGUCGCUCCAAAGAGCCGGGCUCCAAAGACAAGCGCUCAAAGAGCAAGGAGUCGCGCAGCAAGAGCAAGACAAGCCGAAGCCUGCCUGCUGAAAAAUCCAGUUCCCAAAGCAUGCCGAGCGUGAACAACUCCGCUUCGGGUACAUCCACCUCAGCGACGCCUCCGACCCAAAGCACCAGCCUAGUGUUGGAACAACCCAGAAGCACUUCCAGGGAGCUUCCGGACAAACCCAAGGAGCCAGCAUCUCCCACAGCGCAGCGGACGCCAGCAAUUUCCAAAGAUACUGCAGCUGGUCCCAGUAAAGAUGACAGCUCACCUGCACCAGAUAGCGUGCCGGGGCCCGACCCGGCUUGGCAAGAGGAGACACAGGACGAGACAAGCCCUUCACAAGCAAAUGUUGCCGAGGGCAUACCUGAAGAGGUGGCCCAGCCGGUGAAGCGGCAGACUGUUCGGCCUCAAGUUGCGGGCCGACCCCAAUGCACGAUGUGGAUGAGUUCCACGCUGGGGGCCGCACCAGGCAUGGGUCCCGAUCCUGUGGCUCUGACGAACAGCAGUUCCUGGCUGAGCGCUGCGCUGGAGAAAAUCCCAACGUUUUAUGCGCGAGAGGCCCUGCCCACUCUGUACAGAAGACCGUGGCCUAAAGCGUCACAGCGGUCGCCAUACGAGCAGGCCAACUUCUCCAGCCCUUGCACUUCUAGGCCGUGCAGCGCUGCGACGGGUAUUGGAAGUCAAGCAGCCAGUGCAAGGAGGAUUCCUCCAGACCGUGGACGUCGGCCGAGCACUACCUCUGGGCAGCGAAAGAAAGCUGACGUCCCGGUCUAA